AUGGUUCGAAAAUUUUUGGGCCUCGAUGGCACCAAGCUGCAGAUCGCCAUCGGUCUGCUGGCCGGCAUGGACUUUCUGCUCUUCGGCUACGACCAGGGUGUGACCGGUGGUCUGUUGACACUGGCAUCGUUCAACUCCGUGUUCCCUAGCAUUCAGACUUCGGGAAUGAUCAUGCAUGACGGUAAACUUACUUCCUGGGACAACCUUCCACCAUCGGAUGAGGCUGUUCGUCGCGCUAGCUUCUUGAACCAGCAAAACAAGAAGAGCCACGAGACCCACCGCGAGAAUGCCGAGAAGGACAGCGAGAACACCAGCGAAUAG